GGACCUUGUAAGAAAGGGAAGGCGAGAUAUGCUGCUUUGGCUUGGUUUUCAUCACGUGGACACCUCUGCUGUAAAGAUGGUCAAUGUACCUAAAACUCGAAGGACUUUCUGUAAAAAGUGUGGCAAGCACCAGCCUCACAAAGUGACCCAGUAUAAGAAGGGCAAGGAUUCCCUUUACGCCCAAGGAAAGAGGCGCGAUGAUCGGAAGCAGAGUGGAUAUGGUGGGCAGACAAAGCCAAUUUUCCGCAAGAAGGCUAAAACCACAAAGAAGAUUGUGCUAAGACUUGAAUGCGUUGAACCAAACUGCAGAUCCAAGAGGAUGCUGGCCAUCAAGAGAUGCAAGCAUUUCGAACUGGGAGGAGACAAGAAGAGAAAAGGCCAAGUGAUUUAGUUUUAAACUUUUUUAUUUUUUUUCCCAUUUAAUUUUGAUGCGAAAAUACUGAAACUAGAAAAAUUACCUGUAGG